GCAAAAGACCAGACGGGUACCAAUUCAAGAUGUCAGCGUCCAUGGUGCUCCGAAUUAGUUUGAUAAUAAUAUUUUUCGUUUCCAGCUGCGAAAGCCGUGUCAUUAAGGAAGAAGAAAUAACAAUUUUCAGGAAAAAAGUUACAGAUAUGUUUCAUCAUGCAUAUGAUGGCUAUAUCAGACAUGCAUAUCCUUAUGAUGAACUAAGACCAUUAACUUGUGAUGGCCAUGACACAUGGGGAAGUUACUCAUUGACUCUGAUAGAUACCCUUGACAUGUUGGUGAUUAUGGGAAACAACACAGAAUUUCAGAGAGUUGCUAAUCUUGUCAUUGAAAAGCUUGAUUUUGAUGUUGACAUCAAUGUAUCAGUUUUUGAGACAAAUAUUAGAGUUGUUGGGGGUCUUAUAUCAGCUCAUUUGAUGUCAAAAAGAGGUGGAUUAGACCUUGAACCAGGCUGGCCAUGUUCUGGUCCCUUGCUUAGAAUGGCAGAAGAUGUUGCAAGAAGACUCUUACCAGCAUUUGACACACCAACUGGCAUGCCCUAUGGGACAGUGAAUUUGAUGUAUGGUGUACCAACAGGGGAGACAACUGUUACAUGUACUGCUGGUGUGGGUACAUUCCUUGUGGAAUUUGGAGCAUUAAGUAAACUUACUGGAGACCCAAUUUUUGAAAAAGUUGCCAUGAGGGCUAUGAAUAGUCUUUACAAAGCUCGUUCAAACAUAGACCUGGUAGGCAAUCAUAUAGAUGUUGCAACUGGAAAGUGGACAGCACUUGAUUCUGGAAUUGGGGGUGGAGUUGAUUCUUAUUUUGAGUAUCUUGUUAAGGGUUCUAUCAUGUUUCAAAACACAGAACUUCUGGACAUGUAUAAUGAAUAUCUUGUAUCUAUUGAGAAGUAUUUGAAGAAAGAUGAUUGGUAUAUGUGGGCACAUAUGACUAAAGGGUCCAUUAGUCUACCAAUAUUUACUUCUCUUGACUGUUAUUGGCCUGGGAUACAGGCCAUGCUAGGUCAAGUUGAUAAAGCAAUGAAGUCGCUACAUAACUUCCAUCAAGUUUGGAAGCAAUUUGGAGGUCUUCCAGAAUUCUAUAAUAUAGUGAAGAAUGAGGCAUACAAUGGUAGGGAAGGCUAUCCUCUUAGGCCUGAACUGAUUGAGGCUGCUUUGUAUUUAUACCAGGCUACAAAAGAUCCCUAUUUGCUGGAAAUAGGUGUGGAUAUGCUUGAAGCAAUAGAACAUAUCAGCAAAACUAAAUGUGGAUAUGCCACUGUAAAAGAUGUGACAACACACACACUCGAGAAUAGAAUGGAAAGCUUUUUCUUGGCAGAAACUACAAAGUACUUAUAUUUAUUGUUUGACCCUGAUAACUUCAUGCACAACACAGGUAGUCAUGGGACAGUUAUAGAUACACCUAAUGGACAAUGUGUUAUUAAUGCUGGUGGAUAUAUUUAUAACACUGAAGCCCAUCCCAUUGACACAGGUGCUUUAUAUUGUUGCAGUGAGGAGAAAAAAGAAGAUGACAUUGAACUUGAAAAUUUCCAUGAUAAUCUUGACCUUUUGACCUUAUUUGAGAUAAAUGACAUUAAAGAUAUUUUACAUGAUGGUAAAUGGGAUAAACCAAGCAAGAAAAAAUAUUUGGAUCAGAUUAAUUAUGAAAGUUUAAAAUUCCUUAAUGAUUAUGAUAAAAGCAUAAACAUCUUGGGAAAUAUAGGUGAAGGUCAUCAAGCAGUAUUGUCUACUAAAGGUGAAAAAUUCAGAAUUAAGGAAGAGAGAGUAAAAACAGUAGUGAUUGAUGGCUUUAAAGGUAAAGUCAAUGACCAAGAUAUAGAAAUGAAAAUUGUACCAACUGACAAAGAUAUUUCAAAUGGUGAAAGAACAAAUAUGAAACAAAAUGAUGAAGAUGAAUAUGUAGAUAAUUUAAAAGACAACUGUGACAAAGAUGGUACAUGCAGAAAAAUAGGUUUAGAAUUAAAUAUGAGAAAGUAUACAGAAGAAGAAAACACUAACGUUUCUCCCAUUCACCAUGAAAUAAAUGAUGAAAGUAUUCAACAUUUAGAUGAUAUAGAUAUUAAUAAAGAUAUUAACACUGACUUUGAGAAUGAAUUAAGUGAACAUGAAAGUGUUGAUGAAGGUGAAUAUGGUAAAGGGGAUAAAGAUGAUACACAGACUGUAAAGGUUAAUGACAUUAAAGAAGGCAGUACUGAAAGAGUUAACUUAAAAUCAGAAGAGAAUUCAAGUGCAAAUAAUGAUGUUAUAGAUGAAAGGGAAGUGAAAAUACAUUCAGAUAAAAUGGAUACCAACCUUGCAAAGAAUGAAAUCUCUAAAAAUGAUAAGGUAUCAUUAGUAAAGCCAAGCAUUAAUGUAAAGCCACUAACCACGACAGUUUAUCAACAGCAUAAUACAAAAAGUGGCACAAACAAAUUUAAAGAUGUCCUUUAUAUGAUAAAACGUUUUACUGAAAACUAUCUUUCUAAUGAUUUAAGUAGUGGAGUGAAAAGCAUUAAGUCUUUACAUGAUAAAUUGAAAUAUUACAGUUUAUUUCACAGAAAGAAUUUUGAAAAACUGACUUGUGAAGCACAGCCAUUUCAUUUGCAAUUUUCUGUGACAGGCGAAAUGUUUAUUAAUGAUUAGUGCAUUACAUUAUUAUUUUAAUUUUAGUAUUAUAUUGCUGGCUUAUAUAAGUCUGGACAAAGUGAAUUUUUAUUAUAAGCCCAAAGAUUCUGAGAAGUAUUUCAAUAAUUGUGUUUAUAUUUGGCAUGUAUGUUAUAUUGAAACACAGGUCAAGUUUGAUUUUGGCAGCAAUUAAAAUCAUAAAGGACAAAGUUAUGCCCCCUUUUUAGCAAACUUAUUGGUUUUCAUCGGAUAACUCUUGAAGGAUUCCAAUGAUAAUGUUGAUAUAUGGCAUGUAUGAAUGUUAUAUUAAAACACAGCUUAAAUUGAAAUUAAGCUGCUAUCAGCUGAUUAUUGACAGAAUAGUGCCCCUUUUAAGCAAAUUUUUUGUUCAAUUGGUUCAGCAAGAUAACAUUAUAAUCAGGCAUACAAAUAUGUUAAAACACAGGUCAAGUUUGAUAUUGAUGGAGUGAUGCUCCUUUAUUUGCAAAUUUUCUAUUCAAUUAUUUGUCUUAGAUUAUCAUUAUUUGUCUUAGAUUAUCAUUAUUUGUCUUAGAUUAUCCAAAUUUUAGAGCUGUGAAAUUAUAUUUUGCAUUAAGGGUUAUACCAUUAUGCCUUUGGAAGAUUAAAUAUAUUGUUAAUUGAUAUUACUGUGUAAAUGAGUAAUGUUAACAGUACAGAGUUUUCAAUUUUACUUUGUAAGGCAAACUUGAAAAAUGAUAACAUAAAUUUAAAAUAACUUGAUUUAUGAAUUGUUAUUUUGUUAAGUAAAAAUGAAAUCAA